AUCACACAGAAGCGCGACUGAAGAAGGGAGUCGGUGCGGAUCUUAACCAGCAGUGUCCGCUCCUCAACGAGCCCAUCACACUCACCCAGAGGAAUCUCUCGGAAGAGAUGGCUCGUUUUAAUGGCACAAACUGUACUGACCAUGACCUGUGCGGCGCAAACUCAACAGUCAGAGGGGUCCAGAUGGCAGCUACCUUGCUCAUCUUCCUGGUUGGCGUGCCUCUGAACGGUGUGGUGGUGUGGGCUCUUGGACACCCCCAUCGGCGCUCUCUGGCGCGCCGGGGCAGCAGCGAAGGAACAGGUACUGCCAGCAGCUUCCGCACUUACGUGCUGAACUUGGCUUUGGCUGACUUGGUGCUGCUGCUGCGGACGCCCCUCAUGUUAGGCUAUCUGGCCCAUAACAACAGCUGGCCAUUUGGCUUGACCUUCUGCCGCGUGACAGUGUUCCUGCGAGGUCUGGGCCUGUACGCCUCAGCCUUCCUCCUCUGCGCUGUGGCCCUGGAGCGAUGCCUCUGCCUGUUGAGGCCGGUGUGGGCGCGACUGCGCCGCCCCCACUGGGCCGUUUCUCUGGUCUGUGGCCUGAUCUGGCUGCUGGCCACCAUUAUGGCUGCACCCUACCUCGCCAGUGGACACCUGAAAGAAGAACAAACAAAGCUUCACUGCAUGGAAACUGGCAAGCAUGACACGGCCCUGUUUGUCAUAGAGACCACCGCUGGUUUCAUUUUGCCCAUAUUGGUGUUCUUAGGGAGCAAUUUGGUCGUACUGGUCAACAUUCGCAGGGCUGUGCCCUCAACAUCAAUAUCCUCCUGCGCUUCAAAUUCCAGCAGGAUUGCCAAAAUAUACCAGGUGCUCUUCUUCACCAUGCUGUUAUUCGUCACUUGUUGGAUCCCUUACUUCCUCUGUCGCUUCCUGCGGACUCUGGCGAAAGGACAACCGGAUCACGCCACACUCUACAGCCGAGCCAACAAAGGAACGUACAUCUCUUUGUACCUGGUGUACGUCAAGAGUGCGCUCAACCCUGUACUGUAUGCACUGGUGGCUCGCGGCCUGGGGAAGGCCGUCAAGGCCUCACUGGUUUCCACAAUGGAGCGGCUCUUCAACGACGACUCCGUGGAGUCCGUGCAAAGGAAGUUGUCGAGGACUCCAAGGUGCAGCAGAGAUGAACGUGUUUGACCAGGUUUUUUCUUACAAAGAAAACAGCAAAACAAAGUUGGGAACCAGAAUUAUUGAAUUUACGAUAAACGGUUUAAUUUUAAAUCAACGCAGAAGGUUUUGAUGAUUUAUUAUAACAAUCUCCCUCUGUGAUCGUAGUCGCGCCACAUUCUUGAGCCAGGGCACACUUGUACCCGAAUCGAAGGGAUCGAGACCAACUGAGAAGGAUGUUGAGGCAUCUGGCUCAGGUGUCGCAUGGACAUGAGACUGAAUAUAUAGCAUCUUUUCCGUGAGACUAAGUCAGUAUCUGUUGCAACUGGCUGAUGAAUAUGUCAUAGGUAACCAAAAGUUGAAGGUGACUUUAAACCUCUGCUCCUGAAAGUGAAUGUUUUGGCAAAGCUCAACAUAGAAGCUGGGUUUAAAGGUUAAGUGAAUGAGCGUCGGAGCAUCAUCCUGAAGUCGUAUACUGGUUUAUGGUCGCAACAGAAGCAACUGCCAAGACAGGAAGGCUAAACAAAGGCAUCCAUUUUGUCAUGGUUUAAGAAAUCAACUGUUCUUCUCACCUCCAGCUGGUCAGCAGGUGAAUGAGGUAGGUGAACUCUUGGCUUUCUCGGCAAAAGGAAACCUUCAUGUUAUUUGAACAUAAGUAAGACUCAUCUGUAUUACAUUGACUUGUAAAUACUGUGUUUUGGGCCAAGAGGGGAAUUUAUCAGGGGAUUUUGAGUUUUUUUUUUUAUUAAAUACAUAUAUCAAAAUCAUUUAUGUUCUGCUUG